CGCCCCCCCCCCCCCCAGCUCCGCAGUCUCUCUUCAUGCACACUUGAGAGCUUACAGCCUCCAGGUGUGUUAAUAAUCCCAUAUAAAAAAAUUAUCCAAGGGGAUUUCUCUGUGAAAUUCCCUGACCUCCAUUCUUCCCCUCUCCUGGGGUCCGAGAAUCUUUCUAGGUAGCGAGAGAGCUGGGGUUUUCCCCCUUCUCUGCCUUGUGUGAUGUUAGGGAAAUGUUAAGGAAAUUUGGGGAUGGCCUGGAGACAGAGGAGAGAAGGAUGGUUUUCCAUGUAUGUGUAAUGCUUCUUUUUGGUUUGAAACAGUGAAAACUAGAGAGAGAGAGAGAGAGAGAGAGAGAGAGAGAGAGUGCCACAGAGAGAGGUCAAACUGUGCAGUUUAAUCAGAUUAGGACGGAUUCUGCUGAUGAAUUAAAAUCCUGAAAGUAGUUACUAGGAGCUCAAAGAGCCUGGCAAGAAAGUUGGCUGAACAGGAAGUUGCCGCCGCUGCUACAGAGAAACCGGGACAAACUCACAAAGAGGAGCCAGCGAUGCCAGCAAUCAAUAUAGAGGAUCUGAGCGAGAAGGAUAAACUGAAAAUGCAAGUGGAACAGCUCCGGAAAGAAGUCAAGCUGGAACGGCAGCCGGUUUCCAAAUGUUCUGAAGAAAUUAAAAAUUACAUUGAAGAAAGAUCUGGAGAAGACCCUCUGGUUAAAGGCAUUCCUGAAGACAGGAACCCUUUCAAAGAAAAAGGAGGAUGUGUUAUUGCUUAGAAGAAGAUGGUUAAGCAAUAUUGAAAGUGGAAUAAAAGCAUCCUAGCAUAACUAGCCAGAUUUAAGUUCCAGGAGUCCUUACAGAACAACUAGACAGUGAUAAUCUUUUUUUAUUUUUAAAGAAAACAGAAAAUGCCUGCUUAUAAUUUUAUUCCGUGAAGCAGAUUCUUGCUUACUGUAUCCCUAAAUAAGUUUCUAGAGGCUGCUUCCUGUUCUUUUAAUUUCCUGCACAUGCUGAUUUGAGUAAUAAAAGAAAUCUAUUUGAACAAUCAA